CUACUGCCAUACAAGCGGAACCUUUGCGAGGUGACACUGUAAGAGAGGACUCUUUCAAGGGGAACACAGAGGGCUUCCGGUCGAUUUAGUUUGAAUUUCUGAGAAGCUGUGGCGAGAGAUUGUCAGACAUGUCCACGCUGUUCCCCUCUCUCUUCCCCCGGAUCACCGAGACCCUGUGGUUCAACCUGGACCGACCCUGCGUGGAUGAGGCCGAGCUGCACCAGCAGGAACAGCAGCACCAGACCUGGUUGCAGAGCAUUUCUGAAAAGGACAACAACUUGAUGCCGAUUGGGAAACCUAUUUUUGAGGCAGGAUAUGAAGAGGAGGACGAGGAGGACGACGAGGAUGAAGAAGACAGCGAGGAAGACUCUGAAGAUGAAGAAGACAUGCAGGACAUGGAUGAGAUGAAUGAUUACAAUGAGUCACCCGAUGAUGGCGAGAUCAACGAGGUGGACAUGGAGGGAGCAGACCAAGACCAAGACCAAUGGAUGAUAUGAGACAAAAGAUGGUUUUACUUUCUAUCAGACUGAUGUCUGUCUGGCUCUGGAUUUCUGCUCCCCUCUUAAAGCCAUGACUGCUGCCUCUUGCGCCAUGAUAUCCUUCAGAUGAGCAUUGGGUAAAUCCAGCACAAGGGUCUCAUGUCGAGCUGCUGCCAGUCUCCGAGCCUCGGGAUGUCAUUGGACAUUGCUCUGAGUGUUGCUCACACAUAUAAGUUGUAUAGAAUGAAAGCAUGGAUGUAAGUUUAAACACAUGUCAGCCUUUUCUGUGAACCUGUCAAAGCAGUUUCACACAUCGUUGAUGCUGUAAAACACUCGAGGUCCUACUGAUCAGUAACCAGCCUGGCACUUAGCCAAAUAGUGGCAUCAUGUCAUCGCAGUUCAGUGAAACUACUAACGAAACUACGACCUCAUCAUAUCUUCAGUCAUGUGCCUCUUCUCAGAGUCUCUGCAAAGCUGACACAGCACAAACGACAGCUGACUCAGCAAAAUAAUAUUUCACCUAUGAAGGACUUCACCACAGAGUCCAAUUCUCUUACCCGUUGUGUUUAUAUCAUUCAUUCAGAGUUUUCAGAAGAGCUUUUAAACUGUUUAUUUAAUUUUUUAACCUUUCAAAAUAUACCCAUUUUCUUUUAUGAAUACACAUGCAUAACCAGCCCAGUUGUCUCAUGUUUCUCUUUAAGGAUUGUUUACCGAGGCUUUUAUUAUUGAGACUGAAAUGAAGGCCUUGAAUGUUUGUAAUAAAUUAACUUAUUUUGAUGAAA